AGAACUGUGAGGAGGAUGUUUCUCAACUCUUACUUCCUGACUUUACUUUCAGUUCCUUUCCAUCCGCACCAUGCGAUCACUCUUCAUUGUAAUUACUGGAAUUAAUGUUGUCUAAAUCAGUUUUUUUUUGUAUAGAUAAUGGAGCCAAUUAAAUCACUUGAGACUGCCGACAUUCAGCCACUCUCUCCCUCUGUUCCUGUUCCUCCCACCCUGAGAGAUGGAGAGAGUUACCAUGUCUUCAUUAGCUACAGCAGCACUGACUACCAGUGGACCCACUGCCUCAUCGACCAGCUGGAGGCCUGCGGCCUGCAGGUCUGCUACCAUGAGCGAGACUUCACUCCCGGCCGCACCGUGUUGGAAAACAUGUCCGACUGCAUCCAGGAGAGCCAGAAGGUCCUGCUGGUUCUCAGCCCAGAGUUUGUGAGGAGCCGCUGGUGUCUCCUGGAGGCCAACAUGUCUUUGUUCAGAGACUGCCUGGAGAGGAAGCCCAUCGUCCCAGUGCUGCUGGAGCCAGGAGUCUCCGUUCCUCUCCACCUCUGCCACCUCACCUACCUCGAGGCCAACGACCCCGACUUCAAGAAUAAGCUGCUCAAGGUGCUCUGCACACCCAACCAGCAGCUUCAAGGGUCCACUGUGCUGCCCUUUCAUCCUCCCUCCAUCUACAACGGGAAGGCCUUGCAGCCGUUGGAUGCUGUAAAUGAAGACAGUCUCAGUAAAUGGGAUUGUGGUCAGUUCAGUGACAUGGAGGUACCAGACCAGCUGCGCCUGAUCAUUCAGGACCAAGAGAAGUACAGAAAGGCUGUGAGGAUGGUCAACAGUGUGUCUCAAAAUAAAGUUUGGUUCCGCCCCGUCUGGGUUAGAGUUUUAAUUUACCUUUUUGGCCUAAUAUUUAUUUUCCUGAUGGCUUCAUUCAAUACAUUUACAAUGGCUAUAUUUUUCCAAGUCGUAUCUGUGCUUUUUCUUUUGAGCUUUUUCUUGGUUCCAUUGGGAUUGUUUAUUCAUAUCUGUCUCUGGAAGAAUGAUGAUGAAAAGUACAUAGUGAGGGAAAUGAAAAAAGCUAUUGGCCAAGCAAACAUCAUCCUCUCUGAGGAGAAAGUGUUAAUGGGCCGUCGGUCCAACUCAAAAAUCUCUCUGGUGUAUGUUUCUCUGAACGGUUGCAAACAUGAGUUUUCAGAAACGUUUUCCGAUCAGGUUUGUGCUGAAGAAAUGUUUCAAAAAGCUCUGCUGUACUUCUCAUCAGGUUACGCCUGCUGCCUUGCUCAAAGACACUUCCCCUUUCCUCAGCCCUGCUCCACCGGUCACCUGGAGGGAGGGGUGUGUUUCUGUCAGUAUGUGUCCCAGCAGCUGAGUGUGGACCAAUGGGAGUAGCAGUGUCCACAUGUGUGACCUAACUAUUUAAUAAUAACUGGAUCAUCAUGAAAUGUCUGCAUUAUUAUAAGACACUUAGUCCCACUGAAGGCACAGCGACUUUAUUCAUGUUAGCCCUCAGAUAUCAGAAUGAGUCUCUUUCACAAACCUUCACCUUCUGCUUCACAAAAGCAUGAACUGUGAGGAAGAUUUUUCUCAUCUCUUACUUCCUGACUUUAUUUUCAGUUCAUCGAUCACUCUUCAUUGUAUUUGUUGGAUUUAAUGUUGUCUAAAUCAGGUACGAACAUGCAUUGUUUUGUGAAUGUUGUUGUUAUUGUGUGAAUUUAGUUUAGAUACUUAAACUGAACUUCAACAUUCCUUUGUUUUUAGAAACAUCAAUCGAGGUAUGAAAGUUUCUGUGUCUACAAGCUAUUUUAUUCGUGAAUCACCUUCCUGAUUAACAUUUUCUUCUGUUAUUUACGAUUGUAUUGUUUCUUUAUAUCUUAAAGGUUUACAACUCUAAGAAACUCUUUACUUAAGUUUUUUCAAUUACUUAUUUACACAUACUGUAGUCUAAUUACAAUUUAUUUUGAUGCAGCAGAAAGCUUAUUGAAUACUGAUUAUUAUGUAGUGAGUGAAGGUAGAUCAACAUGUUUAGACUUGGAUUUAGUUUUACAUAAAAUCAACUGAAAAUCCUUGCCUUCUUCAUUUUACAGUGUAUUGUGUUAUUUUAUGUAAUCCUAAUUUGAAUAACAUAUCUCAAGUUUUCCACAAACCUACAUUUGUUUACGAAUCUUUUGUUUUAUAUUACAUGUGGGAGUAUCAGGAUGACUUGGAGAAAUGUACACAGAUCAUCCAUAACAUUAUGACCACCUGCCUAAUAUUGUGUAGGUCCCCCUUUUGCAGCCAAAACAGCCCCUACCCGUCGGGGCAUGGCCUCUACUAGACCUCUGAAGGUGUGCUGUGGUAUCUGGCACCAAGACGUUUGCAGUAGAUCCUUUAAGUCCUGCAAGUUGCUGCCUCACCGGUUUUCCUUCCUUGGACCACUUUUGAUAGCUACUGACCACUUCAGAACGGGAACACCCCACAAGAGCUGCAGUUUUGGAGAUGCUCUGACCGAGACGCCUCGUCAUCACAAUUUGGCUCUUGUCAAAGUCGCUCAAAAUUUUUUGCUUGCCCAUUUUCCCUACUUCCAACACAUCAACUUUGAGGACGAAGCGUUCCCUUGCUGCUUCACAUAUCCCACCCACUGACAGGUGCCAUUGUAAAGAGAUAAUCAAUGUUCUUCACUUCACCUGUCAGUGGUGAUAAUGUUAUGGUUGAUCGUGGUAUAUAUGUAUUGAAAUUGUCUUUAUUUGCAAAUGAGGAAUCCAACCCAAAUACAGUUGUACUACUCAAGGUUGAAAACAUGUGCAAGUUAUUUUUUGCUUUCACUGUGGAUUUACAAAUUAAUAAUUGACUUUUCAUUUAACUGAGUCUAAUCCAGCUCUGAGAAAGGGACAUUUGUCAAAAUGAUGUUACAUUGGUAGUUAUAAAUGCUUUAUGACAACUGAAAUGUAUUAACUAUAAGUUAUUAUUUAUGUGGACACCAGUAACAGUUAAGAAAGUGUGAGUAGGUGGAAUAGUCCUUGGUCAGAUCACAGGGACCGGUGUUUAUUUCUGGGGGGAUCUGAUGGAUGGAUAGACAAGUAUGGAGAGUUCCAUACAGGUACAAUGCAUUUGGAUGGAGGAAGUGAAAAGUGGCUUGAGAAACGGACAGAAGAGUUCAACUGAAUUAAUUUAGUUUAUUUAAACAACUGAGGCAGCCGUCACAGCAAUAUGGUUAAACCCUAAACAAACUGAACAUUAUAACCUUGAGGAAAGUAGGUCUGUUUGCAAGACCUUGUGCUUAUUCAUAUUUAUGUGUAGUUAACAAACUGGAAAUGAUGGGAAAUGAGAACCAAACCAUGUUUGUAAGAAAGCCCACACAUGUUAUGUAUAUGGUGGGUUUGUUUGAUGUUAUGUUGUGGGUGUCUUUCCUUUGGUGUUCCCGGUGUGUUGAGCUGUUGCAUGCGCGUGGCGUCAUCGGAGUUGCCGUGCCUGUGUGCCGGUGAUGUUUACUUUCGGUUUCGUUUCUGAGACGACAGUAUCUUUUCCUCCCGUUUUUUCCUCGGCAUUGUCUUUGCUUUUGUGCUGUUGGGUGUCGUGCGUAAAUGCAUAGAGAUAAUGGAGCCAAUUAAUUCACUUGAGACUGCCGACAUUCAGCCACUGUCUCCCUCUGUUCCUGUUCCUCCCACCCUGAGAGAUGGAGAGUGUUACCAUGUCUUCAUUAGCUACAGCAGCACUGACUACCAGUGGACCCACUGCCUCAUCGACCAACUGGAGGCCUGCGGCCUGCAGAUCUGCUACCAUGAGCGAGACUUCACUCCCGGCCGCACCGUGUUGGAAAACAUGUCCGACUGCAUCCAGGAGAGCCAGAAGGUCCUGCUGGUUCUCAGCCCAGAGUUUGUGAGGAGCCGCUGGUGUCUCCUGGAGGCCAACAUGUCUUUGUUCAGAGACUGCCUGGAGAGGAAGCCCAUCGUCCCAGUGCUGCUGGAGCCGGGAGUCUCCGUUCCUCUCCACCUCUGCCACCUCACCUACCUCGAGGCCAACGACCCCAACUUCAAGAAUAAGCUGCUCAAGGUGCUCUGCACCCCCAACCAGCAGCUUCAAGGGUCCACUGUGCUGCCCUUCCAUCCUCCCUCCAUCUACAACGGGAAGGCCCUGCAGCCGCUAGAUGCUGUAAAUGAAGACAGUCUCAGUAAAUGGGAUUGUGGUCAGUUCAGUGACAUGGAGGUACCAGACCAGCUGCGCCUGAUCAUUGAAGACCAAGAGAAGUACAGAAAGGCUGUGAGGAUGAUCAACAGUGUGUCUCAAAAUAAAGUUUGGUUCCGCCCCGUCUGGGUUAGAGUAUUAAUUUACAUUAUUGGCAUAAUAUCUUUUUUCUCUGUGGCUAUAUUUAAUAUAUUUUUAACGACUACAUUUCUAGAAUUCUUUAUACACAAAUCUGUUGUAGAAAGUGUGCUCAUAAUUGCUAGCCUGUACUUGGUUCCAUUGGGAUUGUUGAUUCAUAUCUGUCUCUGGAAGAAUGAUGAUGAAAAGUACAUAGUGAGGGAAAUGAAAAAAGCUAUUGGCCAAGCAAACAUCAUCCUCUCUGAGGAGAAAGUGUUAAUGGGCCGUCGGUCCAACUCAAAAAUCUCUCUGGUGUAUGUUUCUCUGGACCGCUGCAAACAUGAGUUUUCAGAAACGUUUUCCGAUCAGGUUUGUGCUGAAGAUUUGUAUCAAAGAGCUCUGCUGUACUUCUCAUCAGGUUACGCCUGCUGCCUUGCUCAAAGACACUUCCCCUUUCCUCAGCCCAGCUCCACCGGUCACCUGGAGGGAGGGGUGUGUUUCUGUCAAUAUGUGUCCCAGCAGCUGAGUGUGGACCAAUGGGAGUAGCAGUGUCCACAUGUGUGACCUAACUAUUUAAUAAUAACUGGAUCAUCAUGAAAUGUCUGCAUUAUUAUAAGACACUUAUGCCGCGUUUCCACUACACGGCCUCGCUCGGCCCCGCUCGGUAUGG